UGAAGCAACGAACAAUAAUCUCUCUUGUUUUCCCUUCCACUCAAAACUUCGACACUGCUAACUUUCAGUUUGUUUUGAAAACCAAUAGAGUGAAAAUGUCAAAUUCCAAAGGAGAAAAGAUUGAUGCGCCAGUAAUACCACUGACGCGGCCUAACUAUGAGGAACUGGCUUACCUUCCACCCCCAACACCGUUUUACGAGCAAGAAGGGUUACGGGAGAAAUUUAUGAGGAAAACCAAAGAAAAUCCGUUUGUACCGCUUGGUGUCGUUUUUACUACUGUUGUCCUAGGAAUGGGCUUGUCAACAUUGCGAACAGGGAAUGCCAAGAAAACACAACUGUUAAUGCGUCUUCGAGUUGGUGGUCAAGCUUUUGCUGUGUUUGCUAUGUUGGCUGGAGUGUACUACAAUACCAAAGGAUCAAAUAACAAUUCAUAGGCCUUUUGAACAUCUGUGAGUCUGAAUUAUUUUGCCUAAGUACGGUAGGCCUAUAAUCUUAUCUUCAUAGCAGGAAGGAAAGCCUAGGUGUAUGGAUGUCACUAGUCUCAUUUGCUCACUACUGUAAAGAAAGAUUACCCGUGACAGUUGACAAUGUGUAGACCCGCCAUAAUUUUCUUCGGUGGGCUGCAAAGCCUGUCAGUGUGAUGACACACCUUUGCUCUGUGGAAAUGAAAAACUAACCCAGGAAGGAAGUGAAAAAUGGAAACAGAGCUCAUAAAAUAAUUCCUGUUGGUAUCAAUGUCAUGUUUAUGCAUUAUGUACCUCUUAUCUAGUGUGAUUAGAACGGUACUUUAGUAUUUUUAUUAGCAGAUGAUGGUAGAAUGAAUGACUGGUAAAUUGUAUAUAUAAUCUCCCUGUCUGAGAAGUGCUAGAUAGAAUGAAAGUAAGUGUGGAAAAAUGAAAAUGCAGACCUGUUUGCUAAGUGUUUGCUUUCUGCUUUUUCGUACUUUCGUGUGUACGGAAUUGUUAAAAUUAUUUUACAGCGAAAUCUAAGCUGUCUGCCUUUGUAAAAAUGUUUUAUUAAUGUCAUGACGAUGGGUUAAAAUAAAAUGUACAGAUUUUUUUUCUGUAUCGUACCUUUUCUCUGUAUGUUUUUCGUGUUCCAGAAAUGCUUUGGUUAAGAAAUUAAAGAUGACGUUUGAAACAAA